CUCUCACCUCCUUCUACAAUAUUCAUCUGGAAAGGGAAUAGGUCCGAAAAGAUUCAGAUCGAGCUAUUACCAGACGAUUUGUCACUUGUCCAAUCCUGUUUCUUACAAAGGACUCCACGCCAUGGGACAGUAGAUGCCUAGCUCUUGCUGUGCCUAAGUCGCUGUUAGUCGUUUGUUUUCUUUCGCUUCCAUCACCAAAGCUGCGUAUCGCCAGGACGAUCACGCCACAACAGCAUCACAACCGCGCCUUUCCAUUGUGCUGGACUCACCAAGGCGAGAGUGGAAUUAUUUUUAUUAUUUAUUACUACUCACCAAUUACUCAAUUUCGGACAUUUUUUUUUGAAUUGCUCUGGGUCGCUGUUAAAUUUGUCCCAGUCGCCCUGCAACAUUCAAAGUCGCAUUCACCACAACUGCAAUAACAAUGGUCCCAACACCGUCGACGCUGCCAGAGCGCUUCCCUUGCUGGUGCAGAGCUGUCUAUUCAUGGGGAGGAGAGUCAAAACGUGAUCUCGGAUUUAUCGAAGGCGAUCUGAUCGAAUGCCUCAACGCUGGCGAUGGCUCAUGGUGGGUUGGAAGACUCUUCCGUGACCGACGAACAGUAGGAUCCUUCCCUUCCAACUUUGUUCAAGUUUUGCCAGAAGACUUCAGACCCUCCACUGCCAGAUCAGUGAGCCCUCUACCGCCAACCAUCGCUCCCACAGGCGCCAAAGCAAAGCCAUUCCGACGGCCAUUCGAGGCGUACAGCAAGGCACCACACUACACAAGCGCCAAGACGCCUAUUACAUUCAAAGAUUCCCCCGCGGCAAAGGAGAAGCCGGUGCAAGCCAACCCAGUGUCAAGGACAAAGAGUGCUGCGGCUACUGGUUCUCAUAGCCCUUCACCGCCGCCAAACCGUGGCUAUGUUUCUCGACCAAUCUCCCCAAAUCCUCGAGCUGAUUAUGAUUAUGAUACCCCGUCACCAUCUGGCUCCUUCCGCUAUCGCGAGAAUACGUAUGACAGUGAACAGUACGAUCAGCGCCAAAGCCUAGAACGCAGCGAUUCGCCCCCUCCACCUCCACCUCCACAUAAACACGUUCAAAGGUUGGCGGCUGAAAAUGGACACAACGGUCAUCACAACGUUUCUCGCCAAGGAUCCAAUGCUUCGUAUAACCCUCAACAAGCAUUGCCCCGCCACUCAUCCAACGGCUCGUUCCAGGAACCACACGACAUGUUGAGACAGGUCUCUCACACCUCCUACAAUGAUGAUUCUUAUCAUGAGGACGAUUAUGGUGAUUAUGAUACAACACCUCAACGAUCCAAUGGCUACAACGCUUCUCCCAGCCAAAUGACACCAUCUCCACUACGUGAGGCCAUGGACGGCGUAAUGGAACAGCUCGAUCAACUCGAAGGACUUGGCGGUGGACAAAGGUCUCCCACACCAGAAGAAGAAGUAGAAGCAGAUCCCUGGGCACCCGAAUCAUUUGACAUGGUAGACCACUCUCCCUCGCGAAACAAGUCUCGCCGAUAUCAGAAUAGCAAUACCAGGCCAAAGACUGCGAGCGCAUCAGACGAAGGCUACGAGACUUGGAGUGGCGACUCAUCUCAAACAACGUCGUACCGGCAAGACAGCCAAGAGCCUCAGGCCUUACCGCAGUUGAGUAACUAUGUCGAACGCAUGGAAAAGAGAUUCCAGAAAAUGCAUCAACACUCAGCUAGCACCCCGACCGCCAGUACGAACGCACCCCCAGCUCCACCCCCAAAGAACCAGAUGUAUACCCGACCAACCACAUCGUCUGGACCCGGAUCUGCCCAGGAUAGAAUCCUGAGACAUCAGCAAUCUGCCUUUGAGAUGCGUGGCAAUAGACCAAUUGGCCGAUCUGGUACUACCAAAACGACGGUCACAAAUGCGUCCACUGGUAAUCAGAGCAAUACCAGCCACUCUACGCAAAGUAGUGGGCAUACUUUGUGGAGUGGUGUGUCUGCUGGUGGAUUUAGUUCAACGAGCGCGGGUAGUAUGGCUAGGACUCAUCAUAUGCGUGCUCAAAGUGCUAUUGGCAUUAGGGAAGCCGAUAUUGAGCGCCCGGAUUCGCCCUUUACCGGAGUGACAUACCAUAGCAGCCACGCAAGCAAUUCAAGCGGUGCAGUUCGCCCAAUGUCGCAGGCCGUGUUCGACGAGUCCGGUACUGGUUUGGGUGGGCUUGUACAACCAAAAGCACCAAAGCGCAACAUUUUCAAGAAGAUCUUCGACUCAGCCAAGACUGGAGUAGCCAGCAACCGUGGUCAUAUUGCAGCAGGAAGUAUUGCGAAUACGGACGCAGUGCGAUCUUCUCCUUUCAACCGUGCUGGCGCCAAUGGCAAUGUCAUGACGGGUUUUGGUAACCAACCGUCUCCCACUAGAGAGGGCGGUGCCAAUGGAGCCGUGGAUUGGGUCCAAGUCCGACGCGACGUCAACCGAUCGAACUCAUUGAGCAAAAUAGAACGAGCUGAACGACGAGAUCGUUGCCAGAUACAGGAUCACUCAGCAUUGAAUCCUGUAGAUGAACUCUACGAGGGUAUCGAAGGCGAUGAGGGUGCUGAUGGUCAGCCAAUUAUGGAUGCUAUCAACUAUCAAUCUAUUAACUUUGCACAAGUCGACAAGAACUCUAGAUUUAUCAGCGAGCCGCCUCCAAUGACAACAGCGAUUUCACUGGCGACAACCUAUGUAUGCCGCCCAUAUCGCAGCGACGUGCAGAGACUCCGUGCUAUUUUCACUUGGGUUAGUGAAAAGAUUUCAUGGGAAGAUGAAUUUGAAGGAGAAAUCAAUACUCGCGACGUUAUUGAAUCCAAGCGUGGUUGCGCAGAGGAAUACGCUGUGCUAGUUAUGGAAAUGUGCACUGCUGUCGGCAUUCCGUGUGAAGUGGUCCGUGGUUAUCUCAAGCCUCCUGGUGAUGUCCCUGACACUAGCAUCAUGCCCAAGUCCAAUCACUGGUGGAAUGCUGUACUCAUUGACAAUGAAUGGAGAAUGAUAGAUUGCUGCUUGGCUAGCCCUUCCAACCCCAAGCGACCUCAUUAUUCUAGUGCGGGUCACUCGACAGCCGACUUCUGGUGGUUCCUUGCUAGACCAACGGAAAUUUGCUGGACUCACGUACCUGAGCAUCACGAUCAGCAGCAUAUAGUGCCUCCGGUCGCUCACGAAGUGCUAUUGAGUCUGCCCUGCGCCUGCCCAGCCUUCUUCAAGGAUGGCAUCGAGAUGGUGGAUUACAACACUUCGCAGACUCGCAUCGAAGAUCUGGAGAUGGCUCAUAUCAAGAUCAAUGUGCCUGGAGAGAUUGAGAUCAUUGCAGAAGUUGAAGCUCGCUCAUACUCUCGAGAUUUUGACGGCGAUGUCUUUGAAAGUGGAGAUAUUGUCAAGAAGCGAGCACUUGCACAGGCUGAAUGGUAUAACGGAGUCAAGCGGUACACAAUCAAGGCACUCCUUCCAGGAGACGAGGGCCACGGAACACUCAAGAUCUACGCUGGUACUCGAGGUCUGAUGCAUAGCAUCAAGGACAUCCCCCAUCCUCUGGCUUUCUCGGUUCCCCUAGUUCACAGCGGUGAGAACCCGCCAUAUGAGUUUGUAACUCGUCACCCGACUCCGCAUGCCCAGCGCAACGAUAUCUACGUGGUACAACCACAAUGCCAGCGCCUGGCUCUUAACAACACCUUUGUCUUUGCUAUUCGUCAACAUCCCAGCUCCACAGGUAGCGGACCGUCAUCGGCUUUAACACCAUCGUCCAACCCAGGCGGGACCAGCCCGAUCCCAUUCAUGAGACCCGGCUCGGCGAUGAGUGUUGCAGCAUCCAGCACGAACGGAUCACAGCCCAGUUCUGCAAGUGGCACAGUCGCUGGUAAGAAGCCGGCUAAGCUUGCUAUUCAAACACCUGGCGGAAAGAUUCUCCGUCUUACUCGGAAAGAAGAACGCAAGGGUAUCACUGUCACUGGCCGAAACAUGGACGAUGAAGAUGCCAGUGAUGGAGGCACGUGGGAAACCAUUAUCAAGUGCUCGGAGCGAGGUGUCUGGCGCGGUCUCGUCCUUGCAGACAGGACGGCGAGAUGGUGCGUCUUUGCUGAAUGGGUUUGUGUUGGUUAAUGAUCUGCUUUUUGCGAACAUAUACAUGCGAAUAAUGAUGAUGACACAGCAUGGUCUGAAGAAGAUUGCAAAUAGCAGCCCUCCUUCUUCUUUUUUUUUGUUUCAUAUUUCCCACACCAUUCUAGGUUUACAGGCUUUGGGUGUAUUGUACAGUACGAUAGUCCUUUCAAACGGGUGCGAUGCACAUUGUGGAUUUCAACGCAAAAAAUGACUUUGUUUGGAGGGGUUAGUUCUGGUUAUGCAUUUUAAUACCAUCUGUUCUUUUUUCUGAUAUUAUUUUCUAUAUUGUAAUCUAUAAUUAAGACACCACAG